AUGGGAUGUGGCACCUCUGUCGCCACGGAAACGCAAGGGAAAAGAGUGGAAACAGACAUAAGUGUGGUCAAGACUCCUACCCCGGCUCUGACUAUGAAGGCAGCCGUUCUGAUCCAGCGAUGGUACCGGCGCUAUGUGGCCCGUCUUGAGAUGAGACGCAGGUACACCUGGAACAUCUUUCAGUCGAUUGAAUACGCCGGAGAACAGGAUCAGCUACAGCUCUCCAGUUUCUUUAGUUUCAUGCUGGACAACUUCACUCAGCUGAACGGAAAUGGACCAGACUUGAUCUCCCAGCUGCUGGACCCAGUGGUGGACCCCUGGUUAGACAGAGAGACCUGCUACAACCUGAUCCCUGUUCCAGAGUCGUACACCGGGCCCCGACUGUCGUUUCCUCUCUCCAUCUCUGACACCAACGCCCUGCUCAGUGCAUUUAAGGAGCAGCAGGCUCUACAUGCCAGAUAUGUUCUGCAGCUGCUGUACGAGACCAAAAAACUCCUGAAACAGAUGCCCAACAUCAUCCACUUGUCAACAUCCUACACCAAAGAGAUCACUAUAUGUGGUGAUCUGCAUGGGCGCCUUGACGACUUACUGCUCAUAUUUUAUAAGAACGGCCUUCCCUCUGCGGAGACGCCGUAUGUGUUUAACGGGGACUUUGUGGACCGCGGGAAAAAGUCAAUCGAAGUGGUCAUCCUCCUGUUCGCCUACCUUCUGCUUUACCCCGACUACAUGCACCUGAACCGAGGAAACCACGAAGACCACAUAAUGAACCUAAGAUAUGGGUUCACAAAAGAAGUCAUGCAGAAGUACAAGACUCACGGCCGUGAGAUCCUCCAGCUGUUUCAGGACAUUUUCAGCCUUCUGCCGGUCGCGACAGUGAUUGACGGGAAGAUCCUGAUCGUUCAUGGAGGGAUAUCAGACCAGACUGACCUGGACUUCCUCAGCUCCAUAGACAGGCACAAGGUGAAAUCCGCCCUGAGGUUUCCCAGACGCAGUUUGGAGCAGCUGGACCUCGGUCAGUCCUGCAGGCAGGCAAAAAGGAUGAGAUCGACGGACAGCUCUCGUCCCAGCAGCAGUCGCAGCCACAGCAAGAACCAAAGAACUCCCAACCUGAGAAAGAGGCGAUGCGGGCUCAGCCGGCAAGACAGCGCAGCUUCCACUUCUUCCUCUUCCUCAUCCUCCUCAUCCUCUUCUUCGCUCUGCUCUCCUCGAACGCCAUCGUGCCUCUCGCCUCGUCCGUGCCCGUCUUCUCCCAGCAUGCCUUACAAUAUCAAUGUCCUCCAAGUGCCUUUCCUGGACUCUCUGUCCUCUGUUCCCCCUCCUUUACCUCCGCAACAUGAACGAGAAUGGAAACAGAUAGUGGAUAUAUUGUGGAGUGACCCUAAAACCCAAGAAGGCUGCAGUCCCAACACAUUCAGAGGAGGGGGCUGCUACUUUGGCCCUGAUGUCACCCAGAGACUCCUGCUCCAACACGGACUCCAGCUGCUCAUCAGGUCCCACGAGUGCAAACAGGAGGGAUACGAGCUCUGUCAUGGCGGACAGGUGAUCACUAUUUUCUCAGCAUCAAACUAUUAUGAGGAGGGAAGCAACCGUGGUGCCUACAUCAAAGUGGGCAGAGAACUGGUUCCCCGCUUCUACCAGUACCAAGUCAGCCGCACAACACGCAAACUCACCCUGACACAGAGGGUACGAGCCGCGGAAGGCUCGGCUCUCAAGGCCUUGAAAGAGAAGCUGUUUUCCCAUCGCACUGAGCUGAUGGCAGGCUUCCAGCAGCACGACCAGAAUAACACCGGAAAUGUGUCAGUGAGUGAAUGGGCUCAGGUGCUGGAGUCUGUGCUGAGACUGGACCUGCCCUGGAGGACACUCCGUCCACACUUAACCCGUCUGGCAGCAGAUGGCAGUGUGGAGUAUCAGUCCUGCUUCGAGGAUAUGGAAGCGGGGAUUCCUCUGCCUCAGGUCACUCCAAACUUGGCUGACACUCUGUUCAGAUACAGGACAGACAUUGAGAUAAUAUUCAACAUUAUUGACAAAGACCAUUCAGGUCUCAUCUCCACUGAGGAGUUUCGUCACACCUGGCGUCUUUUCAGCGCCCACCUGGGCGUUGACAUCGACGACAGAGCCAUCGAUGACCUGGCGCGAAGUAUCGACUUCAACAAGGACGGCAGUAUAGACUUCACCGAGUUCCUGGAGGCCUUCAGAGUGGUACACAAACUGGACAACAAGGAUCAGCAACUCAACGGAAAGAUUGAUGGAGAGAAGUAUUCGUGA